AUGUCUUUCCCCAACGAUGGAGUGUAUACUAUCAGACACGUUGGCACAAACUUCAUGCUCGAUCUGACGAGCAACAGCACCAAUGAAGGCAACCAGAUUCAGAUCUCCCCUAACAAUGGCACUGUGGCUCAACAGUGGAUGAUCAAGAGGCAAAAUGAGCCAGGGACAUCCAACAAAACUCUUAGCAUUCAGUCCAACAACAACGGCAACAAUGGAAAUGGAUGCUUUGCUACCGCCAAGGACGCUGCGGACGAACCAGUCGUUUAUACUAGGCAGGCGUUUAUCGUCGAUCUUUGUGAACAAGCGAACAAUAGUUUCAAUAUUAGCUUCACUCGCGGGAACAAGAACUUGGUGUUAUCUGUUCCAAACCCAAAUCACAGUGCAGUGAGACUCAACAAUCAGGCCCAAGGAAAUACUUCCCAGCAGUGGGAAUUUAACCGCGUUGCUGAUCUCCAACCAAUCGCCUAG